GCGAGCGUGCGGGCGGGGAGGGAAACAGAGGAGCGACUGUUGAGUGGGGCAGGACUCCGGGAGAAAUGGUGGGAGUUGCAGAAUGCUAAAGUCUCCGAGGGAAGUGGGACACAAGUGAUCCUACUGCGUGGAGAAGGCACGGCGAUGCGUGAAGGCGAGUGCGAGAGAGGAGCGCAGGAGCGGGGAUAAAAUACGAGGGGACAUUUUACACCAGGGGACACUGAUGAGAGUGGACAGCCGCGCAGAGGAUUACGGGCGAUCGGGUCCCAGGGUCAACGCUAUGCAGCCAAGCAGAGGUAUGGACAGCGAUGGUCAGCAGGGCAGCCCACACAGACGUCAGGACACACGGAGGUCAUCUAAAAGCAAGGCUCCCCCUCCUCCACCAGUGUUGCAUGGUACGUGUGUGUCACCAAGUGAUCCCACAUUCCCCCACACUGCUAUGGAGCAGAAGGAGAAUCUGUUGGAGCAGGAGCUGCUGCUGACAGUGGUGCUGCCUGAGGGAGUGGAGAAAACUACAGCUGUACAUGGCAGUAAGCCCAUGAUAGACCUGUUGGUGAUGCUGUGUGCAAAGUACCAUCUGAACCCAUCAGGCCACACCAUCGAGUUGGUCUCCACCAACAGGAACCACAUCAAGUUCAAGCCCAAUGCCCUUAUUGGAGCGAUGCAGGCUGAGAAGGUUCUGCUCAAGCCCAAAGGCAUGGAGGACAGAAAAAAUACUGGGCCACAGAUGCCAGAGGCUACAGUGCGUAUGGUCAUAAAUUAUAAGAAGACCCAGAAGACAAUUUUGCGGGUGAACCCUCGACUCCCGCUGCAGGAGCUACUGCCUGCUAUCUGUGAGAAAUGUGAAUUUCAGCCACAGAGCACUGUGCUGCUACAGAAUGUGCACUCAGAGGAGCCGCUGGACCUGAGCAGCUCCCUCAGUGAGCUUGGGCUCAGGGAAGUUUAUGCAAGAGACACAAGAGUUAUUAGUCCAGCAAGCUUCCCUCCAUCACCAACCCAGUCAGCAGAUAUAAUUCAACCAGGCAAGGACAAACUCCAGAAAGAAAAAGAGAAUAAAGGGCUGUUUGGCAUGUUUAAAAGAGGAAGUAAGAAGAAACAGGAUCAGGCUUCGACGGUAAGUGCACCAGCGUCCCCGGUCCACAGGAAACAGAGGCCCGUCAGCAUGAGCUCCCUCAGCACACACUCGCCUACAUAUGACUCCAACACCAUGCCUUCAGACACACCGAAGAAGAGGCGUGCCCCCCUGCCUCCUAACAUGAUGCCCUCUGACCUCAGUCAAAACAGCAACGCUCAACCGUCCACUCAGCAUGAUGGAAACCAGAUCACUGGAGCUCUGAGUCGUAGCUCCUCAGCCGGAUCCUCCUUGAAGAGGAGCAAGAGGAAGGCCCCGCCGCCCCCCACCUCCCCCGGCAGUCUCCCAGCAGCUCCUGAAGAAGCUCUGCAGGACAAGGCUGUGACAGGGUUGCCAUCGGCUCUUGAGGAGAUCCAGGAGAAAGAGGAGAGUCCUAUGUCCACAGAGGCCCUUGUUACCCCUGUGAGCUCCAGUCCUGCAAGAGCCAGUCCUAUCAGCCCCAAUCCUGAGAGCCCCAGCUCUUUACAGGAGCUGCUGGAGGAUGACAGCAGCAUCAACCUGUCUGCUGACGUGUCCCUGGACUCAGGUAGAGCAGGCACUGCCUCACCCUCUCAAGACUCAGAGAUGGAGAGCGUGGCGCCACCCGGAGGAAACUCAGAAGAAGUGUCAUGUGAUUUGACCACAGAUGGCAAACUAGCUGCAGACUCAGAAGUGAAUUCAGAUCAGCCAGAGACUGAUGCUCCACCACAGACAGCAGAUGAUGCUGAUUUUAAGGACAGCACUGAAGCAGCCUUUUUGACUGCUGAAGACUACACAACUACAAAGGAAGAGAGUACUUCCACAACAGUCAUCUCACAGGACAGUACAUUCCAGGGUCCUGCCUCAUCACACACAUAUGCAAUCACACAAACUCAGCGAGCAGAGCCUCAGGCACCUCCUAGGCCCGGUCCUGUGGAAGCCUCAGGGCAAGGGGUGCAGAAUGCUACCCCCACUGUAGCCAGCAUGAGUCAUACGCACAUGCAAAUUCAAACAGAUAUGUGGUGCAAGUCUACUGAAAACGAGCCUUCAACCAAACCAACUGGGCUGAUCCCUGCUCCGCCCUCAGCCUCACCCAGCUCAAAGCGGGACAUGGCUACAUCUACGGAGGAGCUCCAGAUGCCAGGCAUUCAGCAAGCUUUGGUUCACAGUCCUGAGACACAGACAUCCAUAUGCACUCACACCCCUGAGAGCCAGACAUCAACACAUACCCUGGAUUCUGAGGGUCAGCUGUCCACACAGAUUCCCUUAGCCACUAAAGCAGGCAGCUUGCAGUACAUUGCAGAGUCCGAGCCUAAGCCCAAACCCUCCAACGAGCUCACCCGUGACUAUAUCCCCAAAGUGGGCAUGACCACCUACACCAUUGUGCCUCAGAGGUCCUUGGACAAGCUGCGAUUCUUUGAGGUGGAGUUGACACUUGAAUCCCCCAGCAUGGCUGGAGCUCAGGAGCAGAGUGGUGAGGGUUUGGAAGGUUUGGGGCAUCCCCUAGGUAUGCCAUUCCAGUCUACAGCGCAUCCUCAUUCCACAAAUGGCCCUGCUGCGCCGCUUAAGUCUGGCAGCAGUGAACUGCCCCACUCUGUUCCCUCAUCUCCAGCAUUGCCUGAGGCUGGUGGCUUCUCUUUCACAGCAGAUAGAGGAGGCCCUGAGGUUAAGGAGAAGAAAGCUCCACCUGCGACCAGACCCAAACCAGCUUCUUUCUGCUUACCACAGCACAAAAGAACACCUGGGAGUUAUGUAAGCUCAGCAGCAGUGCGGAGCAUGAGUGUGAGUGACAGCAGUAGCAGCAGCACUGCCAGAGGGGGCCAGAGGGAGGCCCUAGGCAGCCCACUUAGAGAGAGUUACCCUGGCGCAACACAAGAGAACUUCCCUCCUCCACCACCUAUCCAAUGUACAGAGAAAAAAGAGACUGCAGAAGUACAGCAUGUUGCUUCACCACUACCUCUUCUGAAACAGGAAGAGCCAGAGUUAGCUACUCCAGUGCUCUCACCAAGAGAAGCUGAAGGACGCCCCUUGUUGCCCCGCCAGAUGAGUCUUCCUUCCAGGGAGCCAACUGCUGGCCUGAGUCUGGAGAAGCUGCGUAGCUUUGCGGCACCCAAGCCAUACUCACCUACCACACCAUCCCGCUUUGCCCAGGCUGUCUCUUCCGCAGUAAAAAGGUCACAGUCCCUUAGCGUCAGUCCCGUGGGGCAUUAUGGCCACAAGGUGCCCCUAGCACUCACCCAACGCAGUCCCAUCAGAGAGUCUCUUGACUCCCUUGAGUCACCCACUAGCACUGAUGUAGACAGUGGAUACGAACAGCGGAGGGCCAACAGUGAAACUUCCGCAGACUGCAGUGGCCUAGCACUGAGUGCUCCUCAUACUGAAGCUGAGGGCAUGUGGAAGAAUGGAACGACCGAUCUCUCAUCAGGUUCUGUGGUGUCUCCUGUGACAUGUCCUGUGCCGAGGAGUUUGCAAGAUGCAGCACAGUGUGAGGAGGAAUAAAGUGUCUCUCCACUUCAGCUUUGAUCCCACUGUGCCUUAGUGUGCUCUUAUAAGCUUAGUGCCUCUGUCCUUUGGACUUUCCAACCAUCCCACACGUUUUUCGUUUUCUGUCUACACUGAGGACAAUGCAGCUCAGCGUCUUUAAACCAGGGCAGUUUCGGCCUGGGGGACUAGAGCUCCUUGUUCUAAUGUUCCUGAUCUGAUUCAGUUCAUCAAAGGGUUGAGGAUUAGUUGAUAAGUUGAAAAAGGUGUGUUAGGGUACAGAAGAAUCUAAACUGUGCACUGCUGUGGCCUAGGACUGCAAAUGCCAAUCCCUACUGUAAACUGCCUUCUGGUCUCUUUUCUAUCCACAGUAUGCCUGAGUAUGAGUGUGGAAAUUAAACCGAUCUAGGGUCAGUUUUUGCCCCUCAUAUCUUAUUGAUUGUAAAAAAAAGACUGGCUUUUAUACCAGCACUCUUACUUGGAAAUAUUUAAUGCAGUAUAUAUCGUCCUGGCUGCCUUGUAAUAUUGAGCAAACAUGGAGCACCUGAGGGAACUAAAUCACUGGGGUUUAAACCUCUGACCUAACUUAUUAUGCAGGAGACUUACUGAGUCUGUAAUUGUUUGGAGAUUUAUCAGCAUGUGUUGUGUUUAUUUUAUUCCCACUCAAAUUUAUUACGUUGAGAUCUUUAUUAAUUGUCAUAUGUUGAAACAUUUAUAUUGAUUCUGAACCUUGUUGAAUUGUUUUAUUUGAUUUCCAUUAAUUAUGAAUAUGUUCAGUUUUAUGAAAGAUGGUUUGUGUUUUUCUUUAACUUAUUAGGCGUAGGAUGUAGAAUACUGUUAUCAGCCGUGGAAAAAGGUACUCAAGUACACCGAACUGGUGUUGUUGUAUACCUGUGUGCACGUAUACUGAACACAUACCUUUUGUGCUGGUAAACACUACUAGUACGCAUUACAUAAUUGUAAAUUACAUGGAUCACAAUGAAGUAAGCUGUAUGUAAUGGCGUGCACAUACACAUAGAUUAUAAUGCAUAUGUGGGUGUUAUGCAUAACAAACAAAUAAGAGGGCUGCCAAAAAACCAGUUAAUGUUUUCAACAAAGCUGAGCUAAGAGAGAAAGACACUGCUCAUGCUGAAAAUACUGCUGUAAUAUCUGAAAUGAUUCCCAGUCUGUGCAUUAAAGUAUAACACAUGAGUCAUUCAUGAA